AUGGCCUUCAGUCAAGCCGAUAUCUUAUCUCCACGGGCCAUGGCCAAACAGGAGAAGGACCUCUGUCUCCCGGCACAGGAGUCAAUAUACAUCCACAGGCCCCAUCAGGACUUCUGGGCCGUCCGCUGCGCCGAGAGCCUCGAUGGUCUGAUGCAGGCUGCCGGCUCGUACACGCCGGCCCAGCGGGCCGCACACCUCCAAUUUCUCUCCGAGAUCAUCGUCCCCGCCAUGGGACCACACCCGUCCGCUGCCCCGGCGAAACCAUUGUUGACCGCUGACGGCUCCCCCUUUGAGCCCGCCUGGAACAUCACCGACUCGGGCUCCUCCUUGGUCCGCUUCUCCUUCGAGCCCAUGGGCCGCCAUGGCGGCUCCACAUCGGACCCCUUUGCGCAAAAAAUCCUUCCCGCCAUCCUCCCCGCUCUGCGUAUGGUCUCCCACGGAGCCGACACCCGGUGGUUCGAGCAGCUCAUGUCUGCCCUGUUUCUGACGGAAUCGGAGACAAGAGCAGCCCUCGCCAGGCUUCCCGAGGGCACCCGCCCACCGACGUCGUUCCUAGCGUUCGGCCUCGACGGGGACAAGACGGUCUUCAGGGCCUACUUUUCCCCCAUCCUCAAGCAUGUAGCCACGGGCGACUCGACAGAAAGCAUCACCUUCAACGCCAUCCGCUCCCUGUCCCCGGGCGGCCCCGACCUCGCCCCUUCCGCCCACGCCACGGAGGAGUACUUCAAGAACGCAUCCUUCCCUAUUCCCGUCGAGAUGAUUGCCCUGGACUGCAUAGACCCGGCCGCGGGCGCUCGCGCCAAGCUCUACGCGCGUACGCGGUCAAACGCCUUCAGCGUCGUGCGCCAUGUCGUGACGCUCGGCGGCCAGAUCAGCGACGAGGCGACGCUGGAGGGCCUCCGCGGCCUCCGCUGCAUCUGGCACCUGCUGCACAACGAGCCGGAGCCCUACAGCGACGACUUUGACAAGCAGCCCAAGAUGGAGAACACGAUCCACAAGGGCGUCUGUUACGGCUUCGAGCUCAAGCCCGGCGCCGAGUGGCCCGAGGUCAUGGUCUACGUGCCGCUGUGGCAGUACGCCGACAGCGACGCCGUCAUCGCGUCGAACCUGGCCGAUGUGUUCCGCUCGAGAGGCUGGCCCGUUGCCGAGAAGUACGAGGAAACGAUACGCCGCAGCUUCCCCCGCUCCAAACUGGAAAAGACCACGGGGACGCACUCGUACAUCUCGUUCGCAUUCAGCAAGAAGAAUGGCGCCCACAUGACCAUGUACUACUCCAUCAGGCCCCAGGACUCGCUGGUGGCUGUCUGA